GCGGGCGGGCGGCAGACAUGGCGGCCGACCUGAACCUGGAGUGGAUCUGCUCGCUGCCGCGCUCCUGGACGUACGGGAUCACCAGGGGCGGCCGCGUCUUCUUCAUCAACGAGGAGGCCAAGAGCACCACCUGGCUGCACCCGGUCACCGGCGAGGCCGUGGUCACCGGGCACCGGCGGCAGAGCACAGAUUUACCCACCGGCUGGGAAGAGGCAUAUACUUUUGAAGGUGCAAGAUACUAUAUAAACCACAAUGAAAGGAAAGUGACCUGCAAGCACCCAGUCACAGGACAGCCAUCGCAGGAUAAUUGUAUCUUUGUUGUGAAUGAUCAGACUGUUGCAGCCAUGACAUCCGAAGAAAAGAAGGAGCGACCCAUAAGUGUGAUAAAUGAAGCUUCCAAUUACAACAUGGCUUCAGACUAUACAGUGCAUCCCAUGAGUCCUGUGGGCAGAACGUCACGGGCUUCCAAAAAGGUUCAUAAUUUUGGAAAAAGGUCCAAUUCAAUUAAAAGGAAUCCGAAUGCACCUGUGGUCAGGCGUGGCUGGCUGUAUAAGCAGGUAAGUACCGGCAUGAAGCUGUGGAAGAAACGCUGGGUUUGUGCUUUCUGACCUUUGCCUUUUUUAUUACAGAGAUGAGAAGGAAGAGGGGAUUCUGGGAAGCAUCCUGCUGCCUAGUUUUCAGAUAGCCAUGCUUACCUCUGAGGACCACAUCAAUCGCAAGUACGCUUUUAAG